AUGGGGACCAUAUUGAAGGUCAAUGGGAAGACAAAAGACAAUAUAAAAGCUCGAUUGGACCUACAAAGGAUGGGUAUACGGAAGGACUUAUGGGCGACGAGAACAGGGGAUAAGUAUAGGGUGCCAAACGCUUCAUAUGUGAUGUCGAACAAGGAGAAGGAUUCAUUUUGUAAACUUUUGAGGGAAAUUAAGGUUCCUGACGGGUACGCAUCAAACAUUUCUCGAUGUGUGAACCUUAAAGAGCGGCGGCUUAUUGGUCUAAAGAGUCACGAUUGCCAUGUUCUAUUGGAACAUUUGUUACCAAUAGCAAUUCGUGGAAAUUUGCCAGAUGAUGUGUGUGAAGCAGUGACUGAGUUAUUUAUGUUUUUAAAAGUUCUGUGUGCUACUGUCCUUAAUAUGGCUGACUUAGACAAACUACAAGACAGUAUUGCAAUCACAUUGUGCAAGUUAGAAAGGAUAUUCCCCCCAUCUUUUUUUGUUGUGAUGAUGCACUUGCCCAUUCAUCUAGUAGAACAAGCAAAGGUUGGUGGUCCGGUGCAGUAUCGUUGGAUGUAUCCAAUUGAGAGGUACUUGCGGAAGUUAAAGCGUUAUGUGCGGAAUAAAGCUCAUCCUGAAGGCUCGAUGGCGAAAGGGCAAAUAAUAGAAGAAUCUCUCGUAUUAAUUGAGCGCCAUAUGAAUAGUGUAGUUACGAAGUUUAAUCAACUUGGUAGAAACGAGGAUAACACUCGAUUUCAGUCAGCAGUUAAUAAGUUGUCUGUUUUCAGACAAUCCGGUGAAUUUCAAGGUAAGAAACGUGUGGCCUCGUUUUCAGAGGAAGAGUUCCAACAAAUGAAAUUGGCUGUUCUCAAGAAUUGUGAUGAAGUGCACCAAUAUGAGGAAGAACACAAAUCUAUGCUUGAAGGAACUAGCCACGCACAUAGAAAUCACACCGAAGAAUUUCCUAGAUGGUUUGAACGUAAAAUUUACCAACUGCACAAAGAGACCAGUCAGGUGAGUGAAGAACUAUUAUCAUUGGCCGGAGGUCCUUGCCGAGAAGCUCUGUCUUUCAACAUUUACACGGUCAAUGGGUACCGCUUUCAGACAAAACGUUGGGAGCAGGGAAGAACGACACAAAACGCUGGAGUAUGUGUAACCAUCGAGAAGGAUUAUUUUGGAGUGCUAACUGAUAUUAUAGAGUUGAGGUAUGUGGGUGGAUUCCGUGUUGUUCUUUUCAAAUGUGAUUGGCGGGAUGUAGAUAGUGAUAGGGGAUGCAGGAAAGAUAAACAUGGAGUUGUUACUGCUGUUAAUAGAACCGUAAGUUGUUGGCAAGAUGAACCUUAUGUGUUACCUUCUCAAGUAUCACAAGUUAUGUAUGUGAAUGAAGGAGAGGAGUCCCAGUGGCAGACAGUGAUAAAACUAAAACCUCGGAACUAUUAUGAUAUGCCGGUGCGUGAUAUUAAUACAGAUUUGAGUCCUAGUGAAGCAGCACAGGAUUUGUACUCGGCUUAUUCUAUGGAAGAUGUACAACUUGAACCGCAGCAGGAUGAUGAUGACAAUUUUGUUUGGGAUAGGUGUGAUGUUCCGGAAGAAACCGUCACUUACGUUGCGCCAGAACAAGGACGAGGGAAAGCUGUCGAUGAAGAUGAUGCUGAUGUUGAAAGUGUUUAUACUACUAGCGAUGAUGAUGAUUUGCUCGAAUUUGAAGAGUCUGACAAUGAGAUGGACUGGGAUUAAUUUUAGUUGUUUGUUUUCUUUCAUACUGCCGUGAAACUGUAAAAGAAGCUUAGCUUCGUAAA